CAACUUCUUCGUUUCUGUGAGUGCCACUCUUCCUCUCUGCCCUUCCACUUUGGCUGUUGCUUGAGAUUUUGUGGUUUGGGACAAACAAAAUACAUAUAAGCUAACCCAAUAUCAAAUCGUUUGUUGUGAAGAAAGAGGGGAUUGGGAUGGCUCUGAAUUUGAAUUCAAUGAUUAGUUUCCCUUCGCAUAAGCUCUCUUCUCAUAAACCCCUUAAUCUCAGAUCUUCCAGGCUCUUAAUGGCCUCCACUCUGCAUUCUACGUCCAAAGCGGCAGAGAAUCUGAAAAAGCCCUAUUGUCCUCCACGGGAGGUACAUGUUCAGGUGACUCAUUCCAUGGCACCUCAGAAGGUCGAGAUUUUUAAAUCACUGGAGGGUUGGGCUGAGGAGAACAUCUUGGUGCACCUAAAGCCUGUUGAGAAAUGUUGGCAACCGCAAGAUUUUCUGCCAGACCCCAAAUCGGAAGGAUUCUACGAUCAAGUCAAGGAGUUGAGGGAAAAAUCAAAGGAACUUCCUGAUGACUAUUUUGUGGUGUUGGUUGGAGAUAUGAUCACAGAAGAAGCCCUUCCAACUUACCAAACAAUGCUUAAUACCCUGGAUGGAGUUCGAGAUGAGACUGGUGCAAGCCUUACUUCUUGGGCAGUAUGGACAAGGGCAUGGACUGCUGAAGAGAAUAGGCAUGGUGACCUUCUCAACAAGUAUCUUUAUCUCUCUGGACGGGUAGACAUGAAGCAAAUUGAGAAGACAACUCAGUAUCUGAUAGGGUCAGGAAUGGAUCCUAAGACGGAAAACAACCCAUACCUUGGUUUCAUCUACACUUCAUUUCAAGAGAGGGCAACAUUCAUCUCCCAUGGGAACACAGCCAGGCAAGCUAAGGAGCAUGGGGACAUGAAAUUGGCACAGAUUUGUGGCAUAAUUGCCUCAGAUGAAAAACGCCAUGAAACUGCCUACACCAAGAUUGUGGAGAAGCUGUUUGAGAUCGACCCAGAUGGCACUGUAAUGGCUUUAGCUGACAUGAUGAAGAAAAAGGUGUCAAUGCCAGCCCACUUGAUGUAUGAUGGGCGGGAUGAUAACCUUUUUGAACACUUCUCAACUGUUGCCCAGCGGCUUGGAGUAUACACUGCUAGGGACUAUGCUGAUAUUUUGGAGUUUCUGGUUGGAAGAUGGGAUGUAGCGAAGUUGGGGGGUCUUUCUGCAGAAGGGCGUAGAGCUCAAGAUUUCGUGUGUGGUUUGCCCCCAAGGAUUAGAAGGUUAGAGGAGAGAGCCCAAGGAAAGGCCAAGCAAGCAUCCGCGGUGCCAUUCAGCUGGUUGUUUGGCAGAGAAAUAAUGGUGUAAUGGAGAGAAAUUGCCCAGCUCUUCUUCCAUUUGAUGGCCGCCGUUAUCUGCAGUAGAUAUCUUCAUGGGGUGGGAAAAUGCUAUUUGAUCAAGGCUUUUGUAGUUACACAUGUUUUCUUGUGUUUGUCCUCUAUCCUUAAAAAGGACAACUAUAGUGUGCCUUUUAUUUUCUUUUCUUAAACCAAAAAAAAAAAGAAGGUUAAUUUUAAGCUAGAAAGAAAGAGUUGGUGUUUAUUAUGACUAUAUGUGGUAUUCAAUGGAUCGUUUAGGUACUUGAAGGUGAGUACAUGUGUCCAAAACAGCUAGAAUAAUGAGUGGUCAUCACUCUCUUUUAUGUAUUGGUAACACUGGUACUUGUUUAGAAGGAUGAUUUCAGAGGACCAAGAAGACACCGCUUGAUUAGUAUCUCUC